UUUGAUUCUAGAACGAGUAGGCCUAUAGCCUACAUUUGUAUAUCUAGAUCUAUAGGCCUACAAACUGGACUGAUUACCAUCAAGUGAUCAGCCACGAAAUGACACCAGAACUGCUUUAAGAGAAUGCCAAGGCACCCAACAGCUGGCUACAGUUGGCCAUGGCAGAGGGAGGACACUACUGGGAUGAUGGCUCUAAUUUCAACGAUGAUGACUUGUUUUCUGACGGUCCAAUCGGCGGUAUCACUAGCCGCCCAGUUUUACAAGCGUUUCGGCUAGAUGAUGCUGAUCCAAUAUCUUUACGUGGGCAAAGGAAUGGACGAGAGCAUGGCAUCAACAGUUCAGGUACCACAUCUUCACUAGAUAUAAGUUCAAACACUGCCAAAGGACAGAACGUAUUAAAGCAUGGAGAUGACACUGUAGCAUCAAAUACAGAACGUGUUGUUUUGGACGGUUCUGAAAUCACAGACUGUCCAAUUUGCCUCGAUACAUUCGAACGACCAAAAGCUUUACCAUGUUUGCAUACAUUCUGUUUUGAAUGUCUCGAUUCUUUUAUUGCCGAGAAGGCUGACAAAUCUAUCUUCAGAAUGCCAAUCACAAGUUUCCCGUGUCCGAUCUGUAGACGAGAUAGUUCACCGCGUGAUGCUAAUAAACAUCACAAAGAUUGGGCCGACCAGUUCCCUACGAACAAUAUUAUGCUAGAGUUGAUCAGAAUUGGUGAAUUACCGCAAAAUCCUAAACAUCAUACAGAAAAGCCACACAAAUCAAAAUCCACAACUAAAGAAAAGGCGAAACCUCCGGAAAACAAAUAUUGUGGAAACUGCCAAAUAUUUAAUAGGAAAACCGUGAAAGCAAACUUACGUUGUGAGCAGUGUACAGUAAACCUAUGUGAAACUUGUGAUAGUGUUCUGCAUCUACAUGCUUCUGAUCACACACGCGUUUAUGUCGACGCUGGACAUUCAGAGAAUCAGAUCAAGUUAUCUCCCCUGACAAAUGCAGACCCAAGAGAAUUUGACCAGUCACGAUUGAUGUGUAGACGACAUGGUUUACGGUUUGACUGUUUCUGUAUGACGCAUAAGUGUUCUAUAUGUAUCAACUGCAUGAAAGAAAAUCACGCCACAUGUGAUGGAGUUCACACAUUCAAGGAAUAUUCACGGAUACUGAGGCGUGGGAAAUCUGAAUUGAAACCGACUUUAAAAGAUAGCUUAUCAGCCAUGGACAGCUUGGUUGGACUCUUCAAACAACACAUAAGCUCGAUAUCUGCUAAUCGUGAUUCUAGCAUAAGACAUAUUUGUGAUCUUCGGAGUGACAUCAAUGAUCAGUUAGACAUAAUGGAAAGAAAUUUAAAAGAUCAGAUUUCAGAUGUUUCAGAAAAUGAAGAACGUAUGCUGGCUUCAGUGGUUGAGCGAUGCGAAAACCUGAACAAUGGGUUGAAUCGGUCUUUAGUUCGGCUGAACGCCGCAAUCCAGGAUGGGGAUGAUAAAAAGAUCAUUUCGGCGGCACUGUAUUGUCACGCUCAGAUAGAGCAGUCUGUAUCUGUUGUAAAGGAAAUAUCUGGAUUCCACAGCUUGCCGCGCCUUUCCGUCCUCAUGAAUCCUUUUCUUGCAUCUUUACAUGAUAUAGACACUUUUGGAAAAACAAAUUUCGUUCAUGAGAAAACAGACCUUCCGUCAGUUGUACGAAAAUUGCUGCCACUGAAUGUCAGAAGCGUGCGUGAGAUAUUACGAUUCAGUGUACGUACUCGUGAAGACCGGUCUGUGUGUGGGAUUACUAGUGCCUUGUACCUGCCAAACAACCGGGUGAUUCUUGUCGACUUCCCAAACAAAGCCGUUAAACUGUUUUCCGACUAUGGCCAUCUAGUCCAUCAGGUCAGAUUAGCAGAUAGUCCAUGGGAUAUUUGCAGCAUUGACGAUCACACAUUUGCGGUCACAUUACCCUAUAAACAAAAGGUGAUCUUCAUCCAAUAUUACCCAGCUUCGUCGGCAUUGAUCCGAUGUGAAGACAUGGACAUGAGAUUCAACAUAUGCUGUUAUGGCAUCACUUUUUUCAGUGGAGGGCUGGUAAUCAGCUGUCCAACACAGCGAAACGCUACAUUGUUUAAUGUCAUGAAAGAAGGUAAAAAAUGUCAGUUAAAGCAAUUUUGUAAGCUUCCACUUCCUUGUUGGCAACUGGUGACUAACAACGUGCAAAGAGAAGUUGUCAGCACACAUGACAAUGAAAAUGGCGGCUUGUUGAGAGUGUCGUCUUUCACUAAAUAUUCAGAGGAAGCUUUUGGUCCUCACUUUGCAACAGGUUUGCGCGGUUGUGACGUAGAUAAAGAAGGAAACAUAUACAUAUGUGGUCGGAAAUCGAAGAACAUCGUCCAAGUGGGAUCUUCCUCCGGAAGUAGGGUACUGCUAACAUUAGUGCAUGGUUUAAAAGAACCAUCGACGAUUGCUGUGUGUGAAGAUAAAUUCUUAGUAGCAGAAGUUGCCAGUAGUGACGUCGGCAUUUAUGAACUGUUCUAAAAAUGUCUAUCCUAUUGAUUUGAUAGAGGAGUUGUCUCUGGAUUUAGGAUAUGUGAAACUUUAUGUUGCAAAGAUCGAAACUAAAUUGCCAGUCAUUAAAUACGCUUUCUUUCAUGGAUGACUCGUAGGUUGAAACCUCUAGACAUUUCCUUAAUAGGACACGUACAAGAUAGUUGUAACAUACCUUUAGGUUUGAAGUUACUGUUCUACCUUUGGGAAAGUAUGGUUAAAAUCGAAGUCAUAGAAUUUCAUAAAUAAUACCAGUACAUUCUUUUGUGGUUCCAUCAAGGGAACAUUGUUUACGUAAUUUCUAUGCAUACGAGAAUUAAUUGACGGAAUGGAAUGCCACAAGAGCUGGUUCUAAUAAUAGGGAUUGGGUUAGAAAUGUAACAAGUGUAAUCAGCAGAAAGAUGGGUAACGUACAGAACACAGAUAGGCUAGGUGACCUACAUACAUAACUCCGUUUUUCAUCGUAUACAAUCUUUAGAGGGACAUCCUCACUUUCACUACAUGUCUAUGCAAAACAAAUGUUUUUUAGAGUUCAACAUUAGAUAUAUAUCGACCACAAAAAUGAUAUACUGUAAGCAAACUGUUCACAACGUAACAGCGUUGUUUGUUGCAUUACACAGUUGGUUGCAUUUGCAACGAUUAUAUUUGUUUUGCUUGUUCGACCUCGCUCUAGAAACCUUAACAUAGUACACAUCCCGAUUCUUGUUGUCUGGACAGUCGAUAACUCUUAUCGUAGAUAAAUGAGAAUUGCUAUUUUUAUCCUGCUACUUAUUUAUACCAAAAACGAGUGAAUGGUAGUUAGACAAUAGUCAUUGGUGUUGUAUGGUUCUCCUUCAUCGUUUAUUAAAUACAGAUUGCUUUCA